AUGAGGCAGCGGGACCAUGUCCAGCUCCUGCAGGCCCUGCUCUGGAGCCUGGGCUCAGCUCGCCCCACGGAGACCAUCUGGGCCCGGGCUGAAGUCCAGGAUAUUGGGAAAGAGGACCGAAACGACACCACUGUGUCAGGGUCAGACCAAAUAGUCCGUGUGCUCACUCCUGUUGAGCCGUGGAGGGCUGUUCUCAUGGGCCAGCCUCUGAAACUCCCUCCUUCCCUCCUGAUUUUGUCCUUGGGGGUGGGGGCAAGGACCGACCACCCCCUGAGCCGGAAUCAGGAGCAGGUGUGCAGACUGGCCAGGUGCCUGGAGGAGCUGACCACUGAGGAACUCGAGAAGUUCAAACUGGCUAUGACAGCCGGGGGCCCCAGGAGCUCUCAGUGGGCCCAGAUCCCACUGGGCCAGAUGGAGAGGGCGGACCACCCAGACCUGGCUGUGCUGUCACACCAUGGGACCACAGGAGCUUGGCAAGUGGCCCUCGGGGCCCUUGAGAAGAUGGGCCUCAGGCAUCUGUGGGAACAAGCCAGGAAGGAGGCCCCACCCUUGGAUGCUGCUGAGGCCCGAGGUCUGGAUGCAUCUCGGUUGGGGGAGGAGGUGUCUACAACGACGGAAGGAGACUCAGGUUACACGGAGAAGUACCGGGAACGGACGCGGGAGAAAUUCCAGGUUCUGGAGGAGAGAAAUGCCCGUCCGGGUGAAUGGCUCUACCUGAGCCCGCACUACACGAGGCUGCUUCUGAUGCGGGGCCACGCCAGCCGGCGUUGCCCAGAGCAGGAGCUGAGGGCCUCGGGGGGCUGCGGGCCACCUCAGGGAGGGCUGGGGCGCGCCACUGAGCUCCCGGCUCUCUUCGCCGCCGACCAAGCGGGAAGAGGCAGCGCCCCGACCACUGCUGUGCCGCAGGGGGCAGCGGGGACCGGCAAGACCACCCUGGCCUGGAAGGUGCUGCGAGACGGGGCGUCAGGCACGCCCCACCCGGGCCGCUUCGACCUGGCUCUCCACGUCCACCCAGCGGGACGUGGCCGAGUGCCGGCGGGGUGGCUCGAGGCCACGGGCCCCGGGGCCGGGCUGGCUCGUCCCGAGCGCCUGCUCUUCGUCCUCGACGGCUUCGAUGAGCUCCCGUGGGGCCCCUUGGGGCAGGAGGCUCAGCGCGGGGGCGCCCACCUGCGGGAUCUGCUGGGGAGCAGGCCGCUCGCCGAGCCCUCGCUGGUCCUCACCACGCGGCCCGUGGCUCUGGAGAAGCCGAACCUGGGCCGAGUGCAGGCCAACGAGGUGCUGGUCACCAGGUGCUUCGGCCCGCGGGUGUGCACCGGGCUGUGGCAGCAGAUGGAGAGGGCCGAGGCCCCGGCGCAGACGGCGCGGACCACCACCGCCGUCUACACGGCGUUCCUCUCCAGCCUCCUGCGUCCAGCCCGGCCCGGCCCGCCCAGGAGCCGGCCUGCGGGCCUCCGGGGGCUCUGCUCCCUGGCCGCCACUGGCCGGAGGGAGCAGAGGCUUUGGUUCCGGGAGCAGGACCUGGCGCGCCACGGGCUGGACGCGGCCAGGUUCCAGCACGAGACGGGGUGCUAGGCCACCUACAGCUCCUUGCAUUCCACCUUCCAGGAGUUCUUCGCAGCCUUGCUCCUGGUGACGCGGCGGCCUCAGGGGCCCUUCCGCAGUCCCCGCCUGGGGCAGCUGCUGUAGGGCCCCUCCUGGUGGGAGGCGGCCCUCCCCCUGAGCGUCCGCUUCCUCUCUGGGCUCUCCAGUCGGGAGAGAGCCGGCACCCUGGCGAAGAUGGUGGGGGGCCGCGGCCCCCGCGGGAGCCAGCGGGUCCUGCUGAGAUGGAUCCAGGCCGGGCGGGCAAAGACGCUGGAGCUGCUGUACUGCUUGUUUGAGACCCAGGAGCCCGAGUUCGGCCGGAGCGCCAUGGCCUGUUUCGGAGAAGUGAAGGUGAGAGUGCGCACUAGGAUGGAGGGCCUGGUGGCUGCCUUCUACCUCCGUGGCUCCCGGAGCACCGUGGCCGUGGAGCUGGAUGGGUUGGGCUCCGGCGCCGCAGGCCCGGGCCUCCAAGAUCUAGGUCUUGCCCAUCGAGAAGCUGGGACCUAUUCCCUAAAGGACGCCAAAGACUUCUCCGGGCUCUGGGGCCGCCGGCGCCGCUCUGAGCUGGGCUUAGGGAAGGACACCCUGGGGCAUUUGGGAGUGAGGUGGUUGUGUGAAGACCUCAAGCAGCCCACGUGCCCGCUGCAGUCUCUCAGGUGGCUGAACUGCUGGCUCGCUUCAGAUUAUGUGGGGAGACUCUCCCGUGCCCUCAGCAUGAGCUGGACCCUGAUGAGGCUGGAUCUGAGUUACAAGCCCCUGGAAGACCAGGGAGCAGUAUUGCUCUUCAAGGUGCUGCAACAUCCCAGCUGCAGGCUUCAGAGUCUGUGUCUGAAGAAAUGCCACAUCACUGAGGAGUCGUGUGAGAGCCUUGGCUCUGUCCUGGGCAUCAGCCAGACCCUGCAGUGGCUGGACCUGAGCUUCAAUGUCCUGGGAGACCGUGGCAUGGGGCUGCUGUGUGAGGGCCCGAGCCAGGCCAGCUGCCAGCUGCAGGCCCCAUCCUUUUCCCGGUGCCCCCGUCAUGUGGUCCUCCCUGGCAUGGAGGCUUGUUCCUCAUCCGCAGAAGUAUUCCAGCCCAGGCCGGAAGGAAAGAGGAUCAGGCUGGUGUCCAGAGCUGGGAAAGUGCUUGCCCGGCAUUCACGCCCCUGUGAAGGCCUCUUCCGGACAGUUUGUGAGCAGAGGGAAGAUGCUGCCAGGGGUGAUGGAGCAGGGGUGCUGCAGAGGAGAGAGCAACAAGAGAUGCUGCUGAGCUCCCUGGGGGAGGAGGGUGUGAAGUGGCUUUGCAGGGGCCUGAGGCAGCCCAGCUGUCGCCUACAGUACCUCAGGUUGUUCAGGUCGGUCCUGCAUGAGGCGGCCAAGGCUGAGCUGGCAGCUGUGGCCAGGGCCAAGCCUGGCCUGGAGGUCUCCUACAGGAGCAGCAGUUGA